UGGUGACGCUAAGACAUUCAAUCAUUUAUCCUCACUUAAUAUUUAUUCGGAUCCAUUAGAGAAAGAAGAGUGCAUCAAUCAUGUGGCUAAACGCUUGUCUACAAGCUUUAAGAGAAAUAGUAAAAAGUACUAAAGCAAAGGGGAUAACACUUGGUGUAAAUUCAGCUGGAGCGCUGACCAAUAAAGUGAUUGGCACGCUUGCUGGAUAUUAUAGGAAUGCUAUUGUUCGCAAUAAAAACAAUGUACGGGACAUGCAAAAACAAAUUAUGGCUACUUUAUAUCAUUGUAGUUCCACAGAUAAAAAGCACAAUCAUUCACUGUGUCCUCAAGGAAAGCAGUCUUGGUGCUUUUACAAGUAUGCAAGUGUUUUUGAAUCAGGUUGUUGUAGAAAAUAUUCUAGCAAUAUAUGAAAGAUUGUCAAAUGAAGAAUUAUUAGCUCGGUGUACCCAAGGACUUACUCAAAAUGCCAACAAGGCUAUACAUUCAGUGCUGUGGAAAAAGUGCUCCAAAAAUAAUUCUUCAUCAAAAACUAGAGUAGAAAUUGCUGCAGCUCAUGCAGUUUCUGAGUACAACCUGGGUCGUCAAAGAAGUGCUGAGAUACUUGCAUCAAUUACAAACAGUAAAAUGACAAGUCACGCAGAAAAAAUUACGACUCAGAAAGAUAAAAAAAGGAAACUCUCAAGUGACAAGAAACAUGAACCAGAGCCUAAAGCUGCAAGAAUUUCAAAAAAAUAUGGCAAUAAACGACAAGAGUCAUUAAAAUUACAAUCAGAAGGUGUUACUUAUGGUGCCGGAUGUUUCUAAUUUUACAGGAUUACAGGAUUUGAGAUUAUUAUUAUCUGAUGACUGAGAUCAGACUGAUGCUUAGUGAGGUUAUGUAAAUAUAAAAUAAGAAGAUAUUAAUGUUAACAUUAAAAACCAAAGUACGGAUGAUUAUGAAAUCAUUUUGUAAAGGUUUAU